AUGUCCGUAUUUUGGCCACGUCUCAAUGCCGAGAUCGCUGAACUCGUAGGUGGAUGUGACUUUUGUCAAGAACAAAGGCCGACUCAAAAACACGAGCCGUUAAUUGUAACCCCUCACCCAAAGUAUCCGUGGGAGAAAAUCGCUACGGACUUGUGCACCGUGAAGUCCGAAAAGUAUCUAGUACUCAUGGACUACUAUUCAAAAUACAUUGAAAUAACGCAUAUGCAUUCUACAACUGCCAGCAGUGUUAUCAAGAAAGUAAAGGCAAUAUUCGCUAGAUGGGGUGUGCCCCGUGAAAUCGUCUCGGACAAUGGCCCGCCUUAUGAUUCGAAAGAAUGGAAAACUUUUGCGUUGGAGUGGGGAAUAACACUCACAACCGUUAGCCCCCACAAUCCUCAGGCUAAUGGUCAGGCAGAAAGUGGCGUAGCCAUUGCAGAGAGAAUUUUGAGACAACAUGAUCCCAUAAAAGCUCUCAUGAGUUAUCGCUCAACCCCAGUCAGGUCAACUGGAUACAGCCCAAGUCGUCUAAUGAUGGGCAGAGAGAUUGCGACAACCAUACCAACGCUCAGACGUAAUCUCCGACCACAAUGGCCAGACGCGAAACGUGUAUCUGAAAACGUGAAGUCAAUGCAGCUGCAGUACAAACAGCAGUACGAUAGUCGUCAUGGAGUCGCCUCCCUGCCCGUGCUGACAACCGGAGAAAAGGUGCGAGUGAAACUGGACGGUCAGAAGAAAUGGAGUGAGCCAGCUACGGUGGUGCAACACCACGCAACACCGAGAUCAUAUAUCAUCAGAUCCAGCGAAGGCAAGGAUUAUAGGCGCAAUCGGCGUCACCUGUUACGAAUUCCGUCGAACGUGCAUACCGGUGAACCUCCAAGUGUCAGUUCUUCAACAGCCAACGUCGUUCGUCCACAAUCGUCCAGGAAUCGUACGAGGCCAAUGUCGCCUGCCAGGAAUCUUGCUGGAACGCCAGCUCCGUCAUGA